CCACAAAACUGCUGUCAGUGAGAGAGAUCAGUAACUUCAGUACAAAAGGAUUCAUAUUUUGUUCAUUGUGGUUAAAAAAUAAUUACAAACAAUUUAUUCUUUUAUUUACUGUUGUUUUAUGCAUGAUCAAUAAUUUGUUGGUGCCCAUAUAAUCUCGUGUUGUAUUAGAGUUUGCAGUAUGUUUAAGAAACCGACUUCUGGAAAGAAGACUAAAUUGUCCCAAUUUGGUCUACUUGAUGUAGAUAUAGAUGAUGGAGAUGACGAGGUUAUGGACAUGUCAGAUGAUGACAUUGACCUUGAGGCAGAGCUGGCUGCUAUGGGUGGUGGUGGUGGCAGAUCAGCUCGGCCAAAGAAGCCAGCACCUGUACCCGCAGCUAAUCUAGAUGCAAUGAUUGCUCAGAGUUUGAAAGAUGUGCCUUCAGAUGAAGAAGUUUCUGACGUAGAUGAAGAUGACCCAGAAUUACUUAGUGAAUUGAGAGAGUUGGCGAUUGAUGAUGAGGAGACACUUCUACCACAGUCGCGCACUACUCGCCCAGCACCCCCGCCCCCCGGAGCCCCCGCUAGUGGUCAGAACAGCACCGUUAGCUUAUUACAAGAGAGAAUCUCAAAUUAUACACUGGCUGAAAAAAAUGCUAAGGCCAGCGGCGAGAGCAGUAGAGCUAGACGUUUCGCUCGAGGCCUCAAAACCCUGAAUGACCUACUAAAGCAAGCCAAAGCUGGAAAACCAAUAAAAGACGAAGAUAUUCCUCCGCCAGUGAGCAUGGGCAAACCCACAUCCCCUGAGGCUGCUCCAGAACCACCGCCCCGUAUAGCUGAUCCAAUUCCCAAUGUUCCCGAGCCCGUCCCUGAUAUUCCUGAACCUGGUGACCCUGAGCCGGAUGAUGAACCUGCCAGUCUCCCGGAACCAGUAGGACCUCCUCCACCUCCACCUAGAGAAUCUGCGACAACCGAUCUUGAUCCUGAGAAACAAAGAGGACUGCAGAUUAUAUUGCAGCGCAAAGAAGAAUUUAAAGCGGCCGCUCUGUCGUCCAAACGUGCCGGAGAUAAAGCCAUGGCGCUGGAAUUCUUGAAAGUCGUCAAGCAGUUUGAUCUGGUUGUGGACGCGUAUAAAGCGGGGCAUGAGAUGGACUUGUCCGAACUACCUUCACCGCAAGGCAUCGAGGCUGCGUUCAGAAGCCAGGGCAAGGAAGAAUCGCAGGUGCAGACGUCAGAAGAGCGGGACCCUGCGCCCGCGCAGUCGGCCGAGAGCGGCGGUCUCAUAACGGCGGCCACAGUCGACGAGGCGUUGAAGCAGAGACUAACCGCUUUCCAAGAACAAGAAAGUAAAGCGAAGGAGGCAGGCAAUUCUUCCAAAGCUCGACGCAUGGGUCGCAUAGUGAAGCAGUAUAAGGACGCGAUCAGACUGCACGCGGCCGGCAAGCCGAUAUCGGCGGAUGAACUGCCAACGCCGGCGGGGUAUGCGCCUCUACCCGGGGAGGGAGCCCCCAGCUCAAAACCAGCACCCUCCCCUGCCCCCGCCCCCGCCCCGCGCCCCGCGCCAUCCCCCCCUACUUCCACUUCCAGUUCCGCUUCCGGUUCUAGUUCAAGGUACGAGAAGCAACUGACUUUGCUGCUGCACAGACAGCAACAAUUCAAGGAGGCAGCGAUCAAAGCUAAGAAGGCUGGUGACAUAGAACAAGCCAAAGAGUAUCUGCGAGCCGCGAAAGGUUUCGACUCUGUGAUAGAGGCGGCUCGAGGCGGACUUGUGGUCGAUUUGCAGUCGCUGCCAAUACCUCCACGGGCCAAAACACAGCUGGAGAACACCUUCGACAUAGUAUCUGCAGAGGAUUGUGGUCCCUCUGCGGACGGCGCAUCGACCAUAUCCGCGGACGAUGACGACGUUCUGAGCAGAUUGCAUCAACAGCUCAGCUCUCAGCUGAAGUUGUGCCUAUCCAACCGCGACCACAAUAAGGCGAUGGGACAUAUAGCCGAGGCUAACAGAUUCGACCAUUUGGCAGUUACUGUACAACAGGAUCUGGAUGUGGUGGCCGUCGCUAAGAGUCUCGGCCAGAAUCCGCCCAAGUUUCAUUAUGAAUCUCGCCAGUUCGCCGUGGUGCAGUGCAAUACGGAUCUUAACGAGAACGACUUAGAGCUGACUAUCGUACGCGGCAUCGCUUACAACGUGCCAAACCCCAAAGAAGUCGAUACCUAUGUCAAAUUCGAUUUUCCUUACCCACAAGAUGCCCCAGUAUCGGAUCGCACUGCCCUAGUGAAGGAUACGAACAGUCCGGAAUACAACGCUGUAUUCCCUCUCGCCAUACAACGCGGUUCCAGACCUUGUUUAAGGGUGUUCAAACGACAAGCCAUCAAGAUGGAGGUCUACUCGAGAGGGUGUGGAGGUUCGUGCGUGUGUGACGCGCUGUUGUGUUGCAGCGGGUGGUUCCGUAGCGACUCGUUACUGGGCGCGUGCGCGGUCAAACUAGCGCCGUUGGAGACGCAAGUCACUUUACACGAGGCGUUCCCUCUAAUGGACGGACGAAGGCCAGCAGGCGGGUCUCUGGAAGUGAAACUACGUGUGCGGACACCAUUACUGCAGCAACAGGUAGAACACACUAAGCAUCGGUGGCUGGUCAUAGACAAUUGACCGGCUUGUCAAUACAUUACCAUAGAUAACAGAGUCGAGAAUAUUUUGGAAAUGUCUCCAUGCACAGCUGGCUAGACAACUAGCCGACUUAUCAAUAUUUCGUCCGCCAUAGAUAACAGAGACACACAGUUAACAAAUAUUUUUGAACUGUCUGUCGUAGUUAUGUAAUACAUUUCAAUCAAAAAUAUUGUAAGAAAGGUAGAUAGCAUCCCCCCUGAAGUACUGGAGGCAAAGAAUAUGUGAAGAAAUGACAUAUUUAUGUAAAGUCUGUUGAAGUUCAGUGAGUUAACCCAUGGUCUAUCUACAUUUUAAAAAUCAAAAAAUUGAUUACACUUAAUAUGUCACAAAUUUAACGUAAAUUAUGAUGUACCUAUCUUUUUUCUCAACGGCUACGUGGUUCAGUAAUAUGAUGAAGAGGGUAAAUCAACCACAAGAAUAAGGAAUCUCUGUCUUUUUAUUAAAUAAAAAAUGUCCUUUGUUUUGAUUGGUGUGAGCAAUAUUCGGCAAGACUCGUCCAAAUCAUAAUCUUCAUUUAUUAGUAACGUGGUAAGAAUAUGCGGUUUUAAAGAUAGGAUAAACAAAAUGCGUCGUCAGAAUGAUGACUUGCAAAGACGCAGCCCGAAAAGGAUGCAAAACGUCAUAAAUAAAUAAAUCAGUUCAUCUAUACCGUUGAAACUUGUUUUACUUAAUGAGUGGUGUGCGUGAAAACCUAAGAAUCUAUUAAGAAUAAAAUAUUUUUUAUCUACGCCCAUGCUUUAAAACCGCUGUUAAAGAUUUUGAAACAGUUGGCUUAUGACUAACAUUAAAAUAUCCAAUGUCGCAAUUAAAAAAAACAUUAAAUGACAUGUUUGGGUGUUAUAUUUUUUUUGAUAUAAUUUAAUAACACCCUUUUAAUUUUUAAAAUCCCUUUCGCGCUAAGGGUUUGCUCAUCAAAUAGCCACAAUUUUCACUGAUGGAUGCGUGGUAUUAUGAAUAAAAUAAAAUAGAGAACAGCGCCGAAUCUUUCCAUGAAUUUUAAGUUCUUAGAACACCUCAUGAUUUCUCUCUUUUCAUUCUCAUUUCUAUAUCUUUUAAUAAUUAUAUAAUUUAUAUAAUGGGUGUAAAGACUUGUAUGCAACUGUUAUAACUGUUAUAAAAGGUAUUAAAACACUCAUGUGAUACUAUUAUCACAUGAGUGUUUUAAUACUCAAGUUAUACUAUUAUCAAAUGAGUGUUUUAAUACCCCUCAUUAUACAACAGUUGCAUUAAUAACUAUCAAACUAUAUUUACGGAGGCUAAUGGAAUAGGAAAAUGAAUAAUUAGUUGAUAAAAAUAUCAGCUGGACAAUUUCCCGACGAGCUUACAUUGUGCAUAUAAGAAAAUAAAUAUUUUUUGAUAAAAGAAUAUGCAAUAGUUUGUGUGUUUAGUGUGUAAGACCGGUCAAUAAGUUUUAUUUCAAUAUAUCUAUCUAUUAAUCAAUCCUACACUAGAUGGCGUUACAUCUUUUCAUUUCUUCUACUCCAGUACCCCUAGCACGAACCAAUAUCGAAUUCGUAUCGUUUGCGAGUCCGAAAUGUCAUUGUCAAAUAUGUACUGAUUUUUAGUUCUCGUUACGUACUUUGUGCCGCUGCUGUUCAAGUUUCCAUACAAAAUUUGACAUUGACAAAAUUCGAUAUUGGUUCGUGCUAGGGGUACAGAACGUGUAUAACUUUCAACGCCACCAGUACCCCUAGCACGAACCAUUAUCGAAUUCGAAUAGUUUGCAAAACGAAAUGGCAAUGUCAAAUUUUGUAUGCAAACUUGAACAGCAGCGCCACAAAGUACGUAACUAGAGCUUAAAAACAGUACAUAUUUGACAAUGACAUUUCGUACUCGUAUUCGAUACGAAUUCGGUAUUGGUUCGUGCUAAGGGUACUGUUAAUCACGCAGCGUGAUGAACGCUGAAUUAGGUUGUAUGACAUGACAAAUGUAAGAAUCUCAGAACAAGAAUUAAAGCAUAGAAGUAAUGGGCUUACACUCCUAUAGACAAUAAAUUAACGAAAAGAUUUCCAAACUGAGUAUUACCGACAAAUUACUCAACCAAAAACAAUUAGGUUUAUAAUUUUAAUUUUUUAAGCAUGUAACUGCUCGAUGAUUAAAUCUGAAGAAAAUAUUACUAGAAAAAGUUCCACGCGGACCAGGCAGCAGACGGGACUCGAACUUCGCUAUCCGCAGACCCCUGUUUCCCAGUGGGCACUUUGGGCAAGUGCCCAGGGCCCGCGAUCGAUAGGGGCCCCCUCAGAUCAAAUACAAAGUCCCUAGUUCCUGUCAAAUCACCAAACGGAAGUCAUAGGGGCCCCAUUAUCCUAAUAUGCCCAGGGCCCUCAAUAGGUCAAAGACGGCACUGGCUAUCCGGGCGAAUGCACUGACCAUUAUGCUACCGCGGCCCUAUUUUUACCAUAAUGAUCAGUGCAUUUGCUCCGAUAGCGAAGGGUGCGGGUUCGAGUCCCGUCUGCUGCCUGAUCCGCGUGGAUUGUUUUAGUAAUAUUUUCUUUAGUAUUAGUGGCUUGUUGACAUUAGAUAGAUUUAUGAUUCGGUAUCAUAAAGGUAACCAAGGUGUCCACAAAGCAUAAAAGGUAUGCAAUUUGACGUUUUGUUAUUUGGUACGCUCGCUGUUCACAACAUGUACUUAUUUGUCCCUUUUUGGUCUAUAUGUAAAAAUAAGAUGACAACAAUCACAACAGUUGACUUAUGAGUCGACUUUAGGUGUUUAAUUUACACUCUUUUCAUGCUUUAGUUUUUGUUUUGAGAUAAGAAUAAUCGAGACCGACAGUGGUGUCGAUUCUGGCAUGAUUCUCUAAAGCUAAACUUAAAUUUGAAUACAGUGUAUCCUUGUCAUUUUCUAUACAG